AUUGUUGCAAUCAAAGACUUAAUACCGCCUCCUCAGAGAAAUGCUUUUGAAGAUGUGUACAUUGCACAGGAGUUGAUGGACGGUGACCUUCAUAACAUCAUAAACUCCAAUCAAGAACUAGAAUCACUUCAUUACGAGUUUUUCUUGUACCAAAUCCUGUGUGGAUUAAAGUAUAUUCACUCAGCCAAUGUGUUACACAGAGAUUUAAAACCGAGCAAUCUCCUCGUGAACGCGAACUGUGAUUUAAAGAUAUGUGAUUUUGGACUUGCUCGUGGUAAUUCAGAGCAUAAUGCAAUGACUGAGUAUGUUGUCACAAGGUGGUACCGUGCACCUGAGCUUCUCUUGAACUCUUCUGCUUACACCUCAGCUAUAGAUAUCUGGUCUGUUGGCUGUAUCUUCUUGGAGUUGCUGACUCGCCAAACGGUCUUCCCCGGUAGAGAUUUUGUCCAUCAGCUUCAUUUGAUCUUGGAGCUCCUAGGCUCUCCAUCAGAGGAAGAACUUGGAUCAUUGAGUGAAAAUGCUAAGCAAUACUUAAGGCAGCUUCCUUAUCAUAGUCGCCAAUCUUUCUUUGUAAGAUUCCCAAACGUGCCUUACCAGGCUCUUGACUUGAUAGUGAGGAUGCUAAAGUUUGAUCCUAGACAGAGAAUCUCAGUUGAAGACGCGCUUGAUCAUCCAUAUCUCGCAGAGCUGCACGAAUUCACUGAUGAACCAGUGUGUUUGACCCCCUUUAACUUCGAUUUAGAAGAUCAGCCAUUCACAGUGGAGGAGAUUAAGGAGUUAAUCUACCGUGAAGCCUUAGCUUUCAGCCCUCCCUGAACCACCAGUAGUUGAAAGGGAAGAUUGACUUUGCCUUGGAAGCAACUCAUAAAACAGUCAUCAUUGUCUUCUCAAUUCAUAAAAAUAUUUCUAUGUAUUAAGAUAUUAUGCUAGAUAUCCUGA